AUGCAGCAUAGGAGGACGCGGCGCAGGAGGACGCGGCGCAGGAGGACGCGGCGCAGGAGGACGCAACGAGGACGCAAGGCAGGAGGACGUAAGGCAGGAGGACGGAAUGCAGGAGGGCGCAAGGCAGGAGGACGCAACCUAGGAGGACGCAAGGCAGGAGGAUGCAGCAUAGGAGGACGCGGCGCAGGAGGACGCGGCGCAGGAGGACGCAACGUAGGAGGACGCGGCGCAGGAGGACGCAAGGCAGGCGGAUGCAAUGCAGGAGGACGCAAUGCAGGAGGAUGCAAGGCAGGAGGACGCAAUGCAGGAGGACGCAAUGCAGGAGGACGCAAUGCAGGAGGACACGGCGCAGCAGGACGCAAGGCAGGAGGACGCGGCGUAGGAGGAUGCAAGGCAAGAGGACGCGGCGCAGGAGAACGCAAUGCAGGAGGACGCAAAGCAGGAGGACGCGGCGCAGCAGGACGCAAGGCAGGAGGACGCAAGGCAGGAGGACGCGGCGUAGGAGCACGACGCAAGGCAGGAGGACGCAGCGUAGGAGGACGCAACGCAGGAGGACGCAACCUAGGAGGACGCAAGGCAGGAGGAUGCAGCAUAGGAGGACGCGGCGCAGGAGGACGCAAGGCAGGAGGACGCAAGGCAGGCGGAUGCAAUGCAGGAGGAUGCAAGGCAGGAGGACGUAACGCAGGAGGACGCAAGGCAGGAAGACGCAGCGUAGGAGGACGCAACGCAGGACACAAGGCAGGAGGACGCAACGCAGGAGUACGCAACGCAGGAGGACGCAAGGCAGGAGGACGCAGCAUAGGAGGACGCAACGCAGGACACAAGGCAGGAGGACGCAAUGCAACAGGACGCAGCGUAGGAGGAUGCAACGCAGGAGGACGCGGCAUAGGAGGACGCAAGGCAGGAGGACGCAAUGCAGGAGGACGCAAGGCAGGAGGACGCAGCGUAGGAGGACGCAACGCAGGAGGACGCAACCUAGGAGGACGCAAGGCAGGAGGAUGCAGCAUAGGAGGACGCGGCGCAGGAGGACGCAAGGCAGGAGGACGCAAGGCAGGCGGAUGCAAUGCAGGAGGACGCAAUGCAGGAGGAUGCAAGGCAGGAGGACGCAAUGCAGGAGGACGCAAUGCAGGAGGACACGGCGAAGGAGGACGCAAGGCAGGAGGACGCGGCGUAGGAGGAUGCAAGGCAGGAGGACGUGGCGCAGGAGGACGGCGCAAUGCAGGAGGACGCAAGGCAGGAGGACGCAGCGUAGGAGGACGCAACGCAGGACACAAGGCAGGAGGACGCAACACAGGAGUACGCAACGCAGGAGGACGGAAGGCAGGAGGAUGCGGCGUAGGAGGACGCAACGCAGGAGGACGCAAGGCAGGAGGACGCAAGGCAGGAGGACACAACGGAGGAGGACGCGGCGCAGGAGGACGCAAGGUAGGAGGACGCGGCGUAGGAGGACGCAAGGCAGGAGGACGCAACGCAGGAGGAUGCGGCGCAGGAGGACGAGGACGCAAGGCAGGAGGACGCAAGGCAGGAGGACGCGGCGUAGGAGCACGCAAGGCAGGAGGACGCGGAGCAGGAGGACGCGGCGCAGGAGGACGCAACGCAGGAGGACGCAAGGCAGGAGGACGCAGCGUAGGAGGACGCAACGCAGGACACAAGGCAGGAGGACGCAACGCAACAGGACGCAGCGUAGGAGGAUGCAACGCAGGAGGACGCGGUGUAGGAGGACUCAACGCAGGAGUACGCAACGCAGGAGUACGCAACGCAGGAGGACGCAAGGCAGGAGGACGCAGCGUAGGAGGACUCAACGCAGGACACAAGGCAGGAGGAUGCAACGUAGGAGGACUCAACGCAGGACACAAGGCAGGAGGACGCAACGCUGGAGUACGCAACGCAGGAGGAUGCAAGGCAGGAGGAUGCAACGCAGGAGGACGCGGUGUAGGAGGACGCAACGCAGGAGUACGCAGCGCAGGAGGACGCAGCAUAGGAGGACUCAAGGCAGGAGGACGCGCGCAGGAGGACGCAAUGCAGGAGGACGCAACGCAGGAGGACGCGGCGCAGGAGGACGCGGCGUAG